AUUUUAUUAUUAUUAUUGUUAUUAAAUAGGAGAAUAAAAGUACUCGAAUAAGUAACCAAAGCCAACAACCUUUGAAGAAAAAAAAAAAAAAAAAAUGAAAACCCGAAACCAAAAACAAAAAGAACCAAAUCAUCUCGUUAUUGCUCGACUGUUUACGCAGUUUUACAGUCGUUGCUGCAGCAUAAUAUUAUUUCAAGCUUCUAGACUUCCAUUUGAGUCAUUGUUGUCACACAAUUCCAAAUUUAGGAUUGCUGAAGCUUUUGGAGAUCUCUUUAGAGCAACUUGACCUCAGAUGCAACUGAAGCUUGUUUCCUGUUUCGAUAUUUUUGCAGGCAAAAUUCAUAUUCUCCAUGUCUCAUUCUUAUUACUGACUUUUUCUGUGGACAAAGUUUGUAAUUGAUAUAUCUCUGAGGGCUCUUUGUACAUAUGAAGUGUGUAAUUUAUAUUAUCUUGGGCUGUUUGUAUGUAUCUACCAUGUAAGCUUCACAGUGUUGGGGUUAAUUCCAAUCAAGUUGGUUUAAAUGGAGAGGAAUUCAAACAUCACAAUGGAACAAUUGGAUAUGCAAAAUCAAUUUGGAUACAGUGCCAGGGAAUCAGGACAUGAAGGAUUUGCUGCAUCUCAAGCAUUUUUAAUAGACCCUAUAAGCAGCAGAAGUGCUAAUGUGAGACUUCCUGACCUAAAUGUAUCAGAAGUUAAACCUGUACUUAAUUACUCCAUACAGACAGGUGAGGAGUUUGCUCUUGAAUUUAUGCGUGAUCGAGUUAAUCUUAAGAAGCCUCUCAUCCCAAGUGCUCUAGCUGAUCCUAAUCAUGCAUCAAAUCAUAUGGAGCUAAAAAGUAUUUUAAGCACUACUCAUACAGGGUCUGAAAGUUCAUAUGCUUCAACGCUCCCUUUAGCAGAGAAAGGUUCAAAAGGAAUUGAGAGAACAAACUUGUCUUUAUAUGAAGGGAGAAGCGACUAUGGGUCAGUCCAUUCAGUUCCACAAACUUCAUCAGAACAUGACAUUCAACAAUUUCUACAUGGUUUUACCUCUGAUAGCUCAUCUACAAAGAUGAAGCUGCUCUGCAGCUUUGGCGGUACGAUACUGCCUCGUCCUAGUGAUGGAAAGCUCAGGUAUGUUGGGGGUGAAACACACAUUAUAUGUAUAUCAAAGGAUAUUUCGUGGGAAGAGCUUGAGCGGAAAACCUUAGCAAUUUAUACCCAACCUCAUGUGAUAAAAUAUCAGCUUCCUGGAGAGGAUCUUGAUGCAUUGGUUUCUGUUUCAUGUGAUGAGGAUCUGCAGAAUAUGAUGGAGGAAUGGAAUGAAGUUGAAGGUAGAGAAGCAUCACAAAAACUUAGAAUGUUUCUGUUCUCCAUGAGUGAUUUGGAGGAUGCUCAGUUUGGCUUGGGCAGUUUGGAGGGUGAUUCUGAUAUUCAGUAUGUAGUUGCAGUUAAUGGCAUGGACUUGGGAUUAAGAAAAAGCUCAAUUGUACAUGGUUUGGCAAGCUCUUCCAGAAAUAAUUUAAAUGAGCUAGAUGUAUUAAAUGUUGACAGGGAGACAAGUAGAGUAGCAGCUGUCUCUAUUGGGGUCAGUACUUCAACUUUGCCUAGCACUUUCCAAUCUGCUCAACUGGUUCAUCAGAAUUUAUCCAGUGCAUAUGAAACCAACCCACAAUUUUCUCAUGGCCAAAUGAUGGAAUAUAGAGUUUCCCAGCAAUUUGUGGCGCACUAUCCCAACAAUUCUUCUAAUUACUCCCCUAAUGAAGAAAUUCCCUAUUCAACCUCCCUUCAUGGGCUUAUGAAUCAAGGAGGCUUGAAUCGAGGGAAGUCAUAUGGCAGUCUUCAUGAGCAGAAUUCACAGACAUUAGCAAAGGAAGAAAAGAGAAAACUUGAUGGUUCAGUUCAACAUGAGGUUGGUAUUGAAAAAACUCGUCCCCUAGAAAAGGCUGUUCCAGUUGAUGAAAUAUCAGUCAGUGUUUCUGCACAAGAAGAUCUCCAUUCUCUGCCCUCAAAAAAUGAUUCUAAUCAAUGUGAAUCUGAAAAGACCUCUUCUUCUGUAGAUGUCAUUAAUCAGGUGCAGAUAUCUAAAUCAAGUGAAAAUGAUCAAUGUUCCCUAUCUUGUACAUUUGGUUUGAGCGGUUCUGAUUCUGUUUCUAAUUUGAUAGACUUGAGCUAUCAUGAACCAUCCCUACCUACUCAGAGGAUAUAUUGUUCAGAAAGAAUACCCCGGGAACAAGCAGAGCUGAUGAAUAGGUUAUCAAAAUCUGAUGAUUCACUUGGUUCUCUGUUUCUUAUUUCUCAUUCUAGUUCCAAUAUUACUGAGCAUAAGUCAAUUAGAGAAUCUGCUGAAAACCUUAUUCAAAGUGAUCCGGAUCUCCAUACUGAACACUCCAUGCCAACUGUAAAACCAUUGCAUAUAGAUCCUCAACAGACCAACAAUGAGCUUGCCCAACCCCAGAAGUACAAGGUGUUUGCAGAUGCAGCUUCUGAGAUGAAUAAGAUGCUUUUGGAUUCUCAUGAUGUUUUGCAGAGUGGGUUCAAGCUAGCAGUUCCAAAUGAUGUGGAUGAUAAAGAUUCUGCAAACAGAGAAGCUAUGCUUAAUGCUGACCAUGAUGACACUGCAGGUAACCAGGAAAAUCUCCUGAUUGAAGAAACUGGAGAAUCAAGAUCUGGAAAUCCUGCAGCAUCCCAAGUAACUUAUCUUGUGCACCACAAGGAUCCUCUGACUGAUACUCUGGGGCCUAAACUUAGUGAGAUAACAGGAAAAGAUUUUGCAGGUAAUGAUCUUGGACAUUCUCAGCCAUUUUCUCAAAAAGAGAGCUCAGCUAAUGAUAUUCCUCAAGGAAUACACCCUGUUGGUAUUUCAGCAAGAAAACAGGCAGACGUCAGCAUAGAUAUUAAUGAUAGAUUCCCUCAUGAUUUUUUUUCUGAAAUAUUCCCCAGAGGGAUACUUACUGAGGAGAGGGUAGGUGUUACUCCAAUGCACAAAGAUGGAGCUGGCAUCAGUGUGAUCAUGGAAAAUCAUGAGCCUAAGCACUGGUCAUAUUUUCAAAAAUUGGCACAAGAAGAGUUCGUUCAGAAAGAUGUUUCUCUUAUCGAUCAGGAUCUUCUAAGUACUCCUUUACUAGCAAAAGCAAAAGAUGGAGAUCAGAAGACACAUCUUUUUGCACAUUUGACAGAAGAUCCAGUUUCAAUGGACCACAAACAUUCCCACUCCCAGCUUAAUUUUGGUAAAGACAGCAAUAAAGAAAGCAUACCAGGAACAGGAGGAGCUGACUCCACAGUUCAUUCGGAUUUUGGUUAUUCCCAGGUGAAAGGCAGUAAAAAUAUGCAGUUUGGUGCUAUGGUGGAGAACUUAAAAUCUCCAGAAUCACCAUAUGAGGUUGUGCAGUUGGAAAACAGGAACAUUGGCCUGCCUCCUAUUAAUCCAUCUCUUGUAGAUUUUGACAUCAGUGCAUUGCAGCAGUUCAUAAACAAUGAAGAUCUUGAAGAGCUGAGGGAACUAGGUUCUGGCACUUUUGGAACUGUAUAUCAUGGAAAAUGGAGGGGAUCAGAUGUUGCCAUUAAGAGGCUUAAGAAGAUUUGUUUCACUGGUCGAUCAUCAGAGCAAGAGAGAUUGACUAUAGAAUUUUGGCGGGAAGCUGAAAUUCUGUCAAAGCUUCACCAUCCAAAUGUAGUUGCAUUUUAUGGUGUGGUGAAAGAUGGGCCUGGCGGGACGUUAGCUACUGUGGCAGAGUUCAUGGUUGAUGGUUCUCUUAGGCAUGUCUUACUCAAGAAGGACAGGUAUCUGGAUCGUCGCAAGAGGCUCCUAAUAGCUAUGGAUGCUGCAUUUGGAAUGGAGUAUCUGCACUCAAAGAACAUUGUGCAUUUUGAUUUGAAAUGUGACAACUUGCUUGUGAACCUAAAAGAUCCCCACCGACCAAUCUGCAAGGUUGGUGAUUUUGGACUGUCAAAAAUUAAACGAAAUACAUUGGUAUCUGGAGGUGUGCGUGGAACUCUUCCAUGGAUGGCACCAGAGCUGCUACAUGGUAGUAGCAACAAGGUCUCGGAAAAGGUUGACGUUUUCUCCUUUGGAAUUGUCCUAUGGGAGAUUCUCACUGGUGAGGAACCAUAUGCCAACAUGCACUAUGGUGCCAUCAUAGGUGGAAUUGUAAAUAAUACUUUGAGACCAGCCAUUCCGAAUUUCUGUGAUCCUGACUGGAAAAGGUUGAUGGAGCAGUGUUGGGCCCCUAAUCCUGCAGCCAGGCCUUCCUUCACAGAAAUUGCCAGACGUCUGCGCAUAAUGUCUACAGCAGCUAGCCAAACCAAAGGACAUGGCCACAAGCCAUCAAAGUCAUGAUUUGAAGUUUCUUCCUUCCUCUUUUCCAUGAUAAGUGGAUUCAUUAAACUAUAAACCUGAAAUCGACUUGUAUCAUAUUAUUAGUAGUAGUCCUUAACUUUUGCCUCAGAUUCCAAACUAGUUGGGGGUUGAUUACAGUGAUAUUUGUUCUCCAUCCAGCCCUCUUCAUGACUAGUUCUCAGCUAUGUGCCGUGAUAUUAGGUCAUUUCAAGAAUCAAUCAUCUUGUAUCAUAUUAGCAGGGGAAGAGAUUCACUUCCAUUCAUGUUUUUAAAAUGGAAGUUCUCUUCAAUUAUAAUACAUGUACAGUGUUUUGCUUAUGGAAUUAUCAAUUUGUCAUUGGAUUUGACAGUUCAAAACA